CACGCCGAAGUCGGUUGGUGCCGCACGUCGGUGGUCCGCGGUAAUAAUCGAAAUAUUCACGCGAAGCGUGAUCACAGUAACCUCGAAUGCAAAUGCUCGCGUGAUCUUGAUUUGAUUCAAUUUUUUUCUACAUCUAAUCCAAAUGCGUUGGCGAAAUUACAAGCGAGCGCUGGACAAUUCCCCGAAAACUUUCUUAGUGCUCCCGUUGUUACAGAAAAGUGAUAAGAGUGCAUCAAGUGAUCGCAACGAGGACGAAAUGAAAACCAAUCAUGGCCUACGUCUUUUCACCAAGACCUGGCCGAAGAAAACUAGUGAUAUUAAUAUUAAUAAUGAAUUAAACAGUGAACACGAUGAUAACGAUGAUGAGUAUAAUCGAGAGCGGCCAUUGACUGCGACAUUAGAGCGUCCACAAGUCCUAGAUGCGAAAUAUAUGGACCAAAUUGAUAUGUCGCUAAUUCGGAAAGAAUUUUUGGCGGUUGCGACAAUAUGUCGCGUGCCUUUAAGUAAUAUCAACCGUGCGGCGACCACUGUGCGCAAAUCUCGCCAUCGCACCGCGAUUAUAGAACGCCGGCGACCUUUACCGGUCACAAAAUCCCCGGGGGAAAAGUCGAAGAAACAGCGCAAGCAUGAAACACUCAGCGAAGCCGAAGCAAGCUGGGAGGACGAAUCUUUAUCGUCGGGACGCGAGACCGGCAAGCGCACAGCAGCGACACUCCUGCGGCCACCUCGGAUCGUCACAUCAGUCACAUCGAAAAGCAAAUUGCGAAAGCCGGCCGUGAGCGCCACCGCCGUCAACGCCGAGAUCAACAAUAACGCGAGUAUUAGCAACAGCGUCAAACCGAUAUCGACAAAACUAUUGCCGGAGCCGUGCACGACGUGCGGACGUCCCGACGCGCCAGAACGAUUUCACAGCCAUCCCACAACACCGCUCAAGCCUAUUAGAAAAUUAGAAAUUAAGAUUCCGACGAAAAAUACGGUACAGAAACCUGUGGCGAUUCGUUAUAAAUCAAAACUGGAGCCUAAGACGCCCGAAAUUCCUGUAGAAAUGGCGCCGAUUGAGAGUAAAGUAAAAUCGGCGAAAGGACCAAGGACUUUGACGUGUUACAUCUGCGGGAGGGAAUUUGGCACGGCGUCGUUACCAUUGCACGAGCCCAAAUGUUUAGAGAAAUGGGAGCGUGAAAAUCGAAAAUUACCGCGACAGUUGCAGAAGAAGCGGCCGAUCAAACCUGACACGCCAAUGACGAAGGAGGAAUGGAAUAAAUUUGCAUGGGAAUCCGCACAGGCUCAAUUAAUUUCGUGUAAAAAUUGCCAACGAACAUUCCUUCCCGAUCGGCUGGAAGUUCACCUUCGCAGCUGUAAAGAACCCCAAAGAGGUCCUGUUAAAUCGUCGAGUGUAUCGGCAAUCAGUGAUUUAUCACAUAAGACUACCUUACCGCAGCCGAUACCUGGACUGGUGCCAUGUCCACAUUGUGGAAAAAUGUUUGGAUCAAAAUCUGUGAAAAUUCACGAACCACAGUGCCUUAAAAAAAAAGAAAUGAAAGAAGCUGCGACAUCUGAAGAGCGUCCAUCAUCUACCGAUAAAAAACCUCACAUGUUUCCUUGUUACCUUUGUGGUCGGUUAUUUGGCGUCGCAUCGAUAUACAUCCACGAACCACAGUGUCAAAAAUGGCGCGCCGAAAACGAUAAACUACCGAUUGAGAAGCGGCGGCCAACACCACCGAAACCAGAUAUUAAAUUCACACCCGAUGGUAAAAUCGACUUUCUCGCAACCGAGGAAGCCAACUGGCAAUCGCAUCUCGACCAACUGGUGCCGUGCCACCUGUGCAAACGCACUUUCAACCCUGAUCGUGUCGAUGUGCACGAGCGUAGCUGCAAGGGGCCGCCAACAUAAACCACAUCAAUUUUCAUCGACAUGCGAUUAACAUGCACCACUACCACAACCACGCCACGUGAUAUCCUACAUUGUGACUAUUGACUAUCAAUACAAAACUAAGACGAC